UAACAAACUCUCCUCCAUUUUGCAUAGUUACGCGCGUGUUGAAGGCUCCCCUGCUCCUGUGAUCAGUAUCACACCGUGAAGAACGUUUUCCCUGCAAUGGACGGCAUUGCAAGUGAUGUUGCAGUUGGUGUGAAGAGAAGCUCAGAUGACUUGCUGUCUGGCAGUCUGUACAGUAGUCCAAACUCUUCGGUCACUGCUAAUGGAAGUGACAGUAAGAAACUGAGGGUGGAGGACAGCAUGGACAGCCCACCGUCAAGAGUUAUUCAUAUUCGUAAACUCCCCAACGAGGUUUCUGAGACUGAGGUCAUCGCCCUAGGAUUGCCCUUUGGAAAGGUCACAAAUAUACUAAUGCUUAAAGGCAAAAAUCAGGCAUUUUUAGAGCUGGGAACAGAGGAAGCUGCUGUUACCAUGGUGAACUACUACACAGCUGUUACACCUCAAGUGCGUAAUGUCCCAGUGUUCAUUCAGUACUCCAACCACAAAGAGCUCAAGACAGACAGCGCACUCAACCAGCGAGCUCAGGCCGUGCUGCAGGCGGUGUCAGCGGUCCAGGAGGGCGGCUCUCCAAGCUCGGACAUGGCCAGCAAGAGUGUGUUAACGCCUGCCCCUAGCCCAGUACUGCGAAUAAUCAUCGACAACAUGUUCUACCCAGUCACCCUGGACGUCCUCCAACAGAUCUUCUCCAAGUUUGGGACGGUCAUGAAGAUAAUCACGUUUACCAAAAAUAAUCAGUUUCAGGCUCUUCUGCAGUUCAGUGACCCAGUAAAUGCCCAGCAGGCCAAACUGUCCUUGGACGGCCAGAACAUUUACAACUCUUGCUGCACUCUGCGCAUUGACUUCUCCAAGCUGGUCAACCUGAAUGUAAAAUACAACAAUGACAAAAGCCGGGAUUAUACCCGACCCGAGCUGCCAGCGGGAGAUGGCCAACCACCAGUGGACCCGUCUGUGGCCGCCGCUCUCAGCAAAGAUUCCCCCUCCCUACUUGGUACUCCCUCUGGAAUGGUAACUUCCUACUCUAGUGGUGGAGGGUUUCCAUCUUCUCUAGGGGCCAUCAGCCCUCUGAGUGCAGCAGCGGCGGCGGCAGCAGCAGCAGGCAGGGUAGCGUUGUCCGGUCAUUCAGUACCUGGCGGAGUGCUACUGGUCAGCAAUCUCAAUGAAGAGAUGGUUACGCCCCAAAGUCUGUUUACCCUCUUCGGUGUCUAUGGUGACGUGCAACGCGUGAAAAUCCUUUACAAUAAGAAGGACAGUGCUCUAAUCCAGAUGUCUGAUGGAAACCAAGCCCAGUUGGCCAUGAGCCAUCUGAACGGGCAGAAAAUGUAUGGCAAGAUCAUUCGUGUGACCCUCUCAAAGCACCAGACGGUACAGCUGCCGAGAGAGGGUUUAGAUGAUCAGGGCCUGACGAAGGACUUCACUAGUUCUCCACUGCAUCGCUUCAAAAAGCCUGGCUCUAAGAACUUCCAGAACAUCUUCCCCCCUUCAGCUACACUUCAUCUCUCUAACAUACCUGACAAUGUGACAGAAGAGGAUUUACGACUGCUCUUCUCAAACUCCGGCGGUACAGUGAAAGCGUUCAAGUUUUUCCAAGAUCGCAAAAUGUCUCUGCUGCAGAUGGCCACGGCUGAGGAGGCAAUUCAGGCGCUCAUCGACCUUCACAACUAUGACAUGGGCCGCGGCCACCGCCUGAGAGUGUCCUUCUCAAAGUCCACCAUCUGAGGACCCCCUGGUGCUCUCUUACCUUUCCUCUCUCUCCCCCAGGAGCCUCAAGUCCAAUUCAGUUUGAUUUUUACCAGUCAUUCCUUAACACCAUAUCAAAAACUUCAAUGCGAAUGGCCCUAAAAGGAACACUCACUCUCUAUCUGCUCCUGCUAUUUGUGUUUGGCCAGCUGUUAUUCUGUUUUAGGAUGGAUUGACAAAAAUGUGCCUUACUUAGCAAAAUAGCGUCAUCUUUUUUGCUCCCGUUGACACAGGUUAUAGUAGUUUAGGCACAUUACACACAGUGUGUUACCUUUACAAUCACCUGGCUUUGUUAUUUUGAUGGUUUCUGAAAGUGUUAGUUUUUUAGCUUUUGCCCGAUGUGUUCUCAUUUGGUCUUUGAUGAAAAAAUUGAUGAAGCUUUGAAAGCCAGUCGACUUUUUUUUAAACGUCUGUUGAAUCUGAACACAAGUAAGCAAAUUUGAUGGAGCGUACUCCAUUUUGUAAAUGAUCUUGUGCAUUUCUUUAUUAUUUUGGGCUGUAGUAUUAUUUCUUUUUCUUUGAUCAGGCAUCCGAGGUACUUUUUGUGAUUGAAACCUGUGGUAAACAAAACAUUGGCAGUGGGGAGCAUCGUGUGUGACGUGUAGUACCCGUUUUGAUAUUUCUCACUUUUGCUUCAGUGAAUUCUGUUUCCCGUUUUUUAGAUGAAAAUCCGAGCAUGUGCUGAUGGAUCUCGGCAGUUGCAUGUGUCAGAUUGACCAUGUUUGAUGUUGUGAAAUCACAUUAAUGUAGGGACUGUUGGGACCAAAGUAAAUGUGCCUUUAGUCUUACUUUAUUCUGCAUUGUACAAAACUGUUUUAUUCAACCUCGGGAAUAUUUUUAUCAACGGAGACUUUCCAACAGACAUCACUCACUUGGAAGAUCCAUAAUUGUCUUUGAUUGUGGUUGUGAGAGAGAGAAUCACUCGCUGAUUCUAUUGAAAAAUGAUCUUUUUUCUUCUUCUUUUUUGUGGUUUAGAUCUGAGAAGCCAAUGGGAGUGUGGGUGUUCUGUACAUUUUUUACAUGAAUUGAGUUUUUACAUCUUUAGGAAUGUAAAGUUCAGUAUAGAAGCGGCACAAUUAAAAGUUCAUUUUUCUACCAA